CAGCGCUGUGUCAUACACGGUGUGGUGCAUUCGUCGGCUGUAACGUGGUGACUGUCAUGAACGGGGAGAGUUUGCGGGCCGGCGAGAAGCUGGUGUCCCCAGCCUAUAUCCGGCAGGGUAAAGAGGCUCGGCGUAGUCACGAGCAGCUUAUACGGCUUCUCUUAGAAAAAGGGAAGUGUCCACCAGAUGCCUGGGAUGAGAGCACCAUUGAACUGUUCCUGCAGGAGCUCGCAGUCAUGGAUAGCAAUAAUUUCCUUGGCAAUUGUGGUGUUGGUGAGCGCGAAGGAAGAGUUGCGUCUGGUAUGGUUUCCCGUCGUCACUAUCGGCUUAUCCAUGGAAUAGGAAGGUCAGGAGAUAUUUCUGCUGUCCAGCCGAAGGCCGCAGGCUCGAGUCUUCUGAACAAACUUACAAACUCCGUCAUGCUGGAUAUUCUAAAAAUGGCCGGUGUACAGUCCGUAACCAGCUGCUUUGUGGUUCCCAUGGCAACUGGGAUGAGCUUAACCCUCUGCUUUCUGACGUUACGGCAUAAGAGACCAAAGGCUAAAUACAUUAUCUGGCCCAGAAUAGACCAGAAAUCUUGUUUUAAAUCCAUGAUCACAGCAGGUUUUGAGCCAGUAGUGAUCGAGAAUGUGUUGGAAGGAGAUGAGUUACGCACAGACCUGGAGGCCAUAGAAUCAAAAAUCCAGGAACUGGGAGCUGAAAAUAUUCUGUGUAUUCAUUCUACAACUUCAUGCUUUGCUCCUCGGGUGCCUGACAGGCUGGAGGAACUGGCAGUCAUCUGUGCCAAGCACAGCAUCCCGCACAUUGUCAAUAAUGCUUACGGUGUGCAGUCCUCAAAGUGCAUGCAUCUUAUCCAGCAGGGUGCUCGUGUUGGAAGGAUUGAUGCUUUUGUUCAAAGCCUGGACAAGAAUUUCAUGGUUCCAGUAGGUGGAGCUGUUAUUGCUGGUUUUAAUGAUGCAUUUCUUCAAGAAAUCAGCAAAAUGUACCCAGGAAGAGCAUCUGCCUCUCCAUCCUUGGAUGUCCUCAUAACGCUGCUUUCACUUGGUGCAAAGGGAUAUAAAGAUCUCUUGAAAGAAAGAAAGGAAACGUAUACUUACCUUUCUAAUGAACUGAAGAAAUUGGCUAAAAGGAACAAUGAACGAUUACUGGAAACACCACACAAUCCAAUCUCAUUAGCUUUGUCUUUAGGCAAUCUGAGCGCUCAGAGCGGUGCUGCCGUCACACAGCUUGGAUCAAUGCUCUUUACGAGACAAGUUUCUGGCGCGAGGGUGGUUCCCCUUGGGACAUCACAGACCAUUAAUGGGUACGUCUUUAAGGGUUUUAUGUCUCACAGUAAUAACUACCCCUGUGCUUAUCUCAAUGCUGCAUCAGCCAUUGGCAUUAAAAAGCAGGAUGUUGACCUGUUCAUUAAAAGACUUGACAAGUGCCUUAAACUCUGCGCAGAAAAAGCUUCAGCAGUGGAAGAACCUGGAUGUACUCAACAAACCAAAGGCGAUGAUGUCUCGGAAUUGGCUCAAGACCUUGGAGACCACUUACAAGUGGAGGCUGUGGAAGGAGACCUAUUUACUUGAUACAUGGAAGAGAUUGUGGAGUACUUUCUAUUGGAACUGCAAUGCAGUUGAUCAGUAUACAUGCUCAUAAUGAACAAUUAUAUAUAAUAUAUAUGUAAUUUUAGAAUAUGUCCUUUUUGUUUGCAUCACAUUUAUCUGCACAUAAACAUGUUUCUAAAAAUCACCUUCUAGCCUAAGUAUAUAUUACCUUAGCAUCCCAGAGGAGUAAUGAUUUUGCUAAUAAACAAACUUAGAGUAUAAUUUGCAUCAUGGCUUUGCAGCAGCAGCAGGUCAAUUUUGAGCAAGUGCCUUUUUUUUUUUGCAAAUUAUUAAUAAAUUUAAAUUUAAUGUUGGUGGCUCAAUUUCUUAUUUCUUUUGUUAUUAGGAAAUGGCUUACUAAUCUGAUACCCAGAUCAAGUAGCACAUAUGUGAGAAUCCUCCUCGUAUCAAAAAAA